CAAGGAUUCCACUAGUCAGCAGCUUCUCAGUGAGCAGGCAGCAGGUAUGUGCUGGGAAUACACUGUGUCAUGUGACCUGCCAUGUGUGUCUGUACACUGUGUCAUGUGACCUGCCAUGUGUGUCUGUACACUGAGUCAUGUGACCUGCCAUGUGUGUGUCUGUACACUGUGUCAUGUGACCUGCCAUGUGUGUGUACCUGGCUGUCUGUACACUGUCAUGUGACCUGCCAUGUGUGUGUCUGUACACUGUGUCAUGUGACCUGCCAUGUGUGUGUCUGUACACUGUGUCAUGUGACCUGCCAUGUGUGUGUCUGUACACUGAGUCAUGUGACCUGCCAUGUGUGUGUCUGUACACUGUGUCAUGUGACCUGCCAUGUGUGUGUACCUGGCUGUCUGUACACUGUCAUGUGACCUGCCAUGUGUGUGUCUGUACACUGUGUCAUGUGACCUGCCAUGUGUGUGUCUGUACACUGUGUCAUGUGACCUGCCAUGUGUGUGUCUGUACACUGUGUCAUGUGACCUGCCAUGUGUGUGUCUGUACACUGUGUCAUGUGACCUGCCAUGUAUGUGUCUGUACACUGUGUCAUGUGACCUGCCAUGUGUGUGUACCUGGCUGUCUGUACACUGUCAUGUGACCUGCCAUGUGUGUGUCUGUACACUGUGUCAUGUGACCUGCCAUGUGUGUGUCUGUACACUGUGUCAUGUGACCUGCCAUGUGUGUGUCUGUACACUGUGUCAUGUGACCUGCCAUGUGUGUGUCUGUACACUGUGUCAUGUGACCUGCCAUGUAUGUGUCUGUACACUGUGUCAUGUGACCUGCCAUGUGUGUCUGUACACUGUGUCAUGUGACCUGCAAUGUGUGUGUACCUGGCUGUCUGUACACUGUGUCAUGUGACCUGCCGUGUGUGUCUGUACACUGUGUCAUGUGACCUGCCAUGCGUGUCUGUACACUGUGUCGUGUGACCUGCCAUGUGUUUGUACCUGGCUGUCUGUACACUGUGUCAUGUGACCUGCCAUGUGUGUGUACCUGGCUGUCUGUACACUGUGUCAUGUGACCUGCCAUGUGUGUGUACCUGGCUACCUGUUCACUGUGUCAUGUGACCUGCUAUGUGUGUGUGUGUACCUGGCUAUCUGCAUAUUGUGUCAUGUGACCUGCAAUGUGUGUGUACCUGGCUGUCUGUACACUGUGUCAUAUAGCCAGGGGUAAGUGUGCUCUGUGCAUGGAGGAAAUGAGUGUGUGCAGUGUGGAUAUAGGGGACAGUGUGCAUUGGGAAUAUGGGGCAUGGAUGAUAAAGUGCAGUGGUGGUGCAGGGGCAUAUGAGCAUUAUGGGCAUAGUAGUGUAAUGCUUAAAUUGUGUAAUGAGUGUGUCUGUGUAAUGUAUGUAGAAUUCUGGCAAUUAGGAGAUACAUUUAACACGAUGUGUGUAGAGUUGUGUUGAUUGUGUGUUGGAGUAAUUGUGUGUAUUUUCUAUAGCAGGUGUUUAAUGUACAGUAGACUUGCUGUGAUGGUUCAAUAUGUAUGUAAGGAAGCACCUGUACCCAUAGUGGUACCUCUGUCGUAGUUUCUCCUAGAUCUCGCAAUGAAGUUGUGAAAAUAACUCCCAUGUACCCAAACAUCAGUCGAGACUUGAUGAAAGGUACAAAAGGGUUUUUUGGGGGGGGGUUUUUUAGGCAAAAUCACACACAUUUAUACCCAGACAUCCAGCAUGGGGUCUCUGUUCGGAAACCCCUAAGCCCACCCAGGCGUCUCUGUCUGGGAGAAAAAUUGGGCUGAUCCUCGGUAAACAAAUUAUCUCCUAAAUACAGAGAGCGCAAUACAAAAAAUACCCCCAAAACACACAUUAAAUAUCAAGGUAUCCCAACAUAUCAUACAUCCGCCAAAAGGUCUGAUUCGAGCGACCCCGGAUCCAUGGGGUAUUGUCCAAACAACAUCGUCUCAAAGUUUUAACCGGCCGUUGUGGCAAGUUAUAACGAAAAGAUUUCCAUACUCUCAGUGGAAUAACGGGGCUUAUAUCCUGGCAAGGAAGGGGAGCUCCCUGGUGGUCACAUUUAAGGGGUAGGUGCUUCUCUACAAAUCACUGAGUUCCAGACCGAACGUGGGUUACAUCGGCUCCCUGAUAACUUCUUCUGGGCAGCGAACAAGCGUAGUAGGUGAAAAAAGUACACAGGGGAGGGAAAAUGCUCAGGGGGUCGCUUAGUAGAUCAUAGUGUUUAGAUCUUUACAAUGUACAUAGGACAUGUAGUGUGUGCUUUCUGUGAAAUGGGUUUUGUAAUGCUUGUAUGAAAUCUAAUAUAAGUAUAGUGUAAUAUUUAGUAGUGUUUGUAUGACUUGCUGUUGGAUGUUUUAGCGUUUGCACCAUAAUCACUACAGUGCUUUUUAUGGUUAUGGUUUCAGAAGUGCCCUGGUGUGCUCCCCCAUUCCCAUUGUAAGUAUUUAAAUUGUUUUAGAACGGUUACACUUCUUACCUGUCAGGCGCCACUACGGCGACAGGGGAGUGGGAAACACUGUCUGAGCUAAACCCUGAGGCGCAGGCUAGGCUCAUUGACUGAGAGCGAUCUGCAGAUGUUCGUAGCCCAUGAGCUAGCUGUGCACCACACGGUUUAUCUCAGGAGAGCUCCUGAGGUGGAGCUUUCAGCUGUCAUGUAGCUGUAUUGGUGGUGGGGAGCGGCGCCUGAUGGAUCCUGUUCUAAAAUGGUUUGUCUACUUAUAAUGGGGGAAAACCGGGGCAAUCCUGGCACCUUAAUCAGGCCUCCCAACAGUCCUGUGUCAUUAGAGCUCCCUGCAUUAUCCAGUUGGGUCUGCCACUUUUCUUUUCUUUUUCACUGUCCACCCAUUCCGAUAUCACCCCUUCUGGGAGGAAUGCUUAACCGUCACAGCGUGCUGUUAAGAUUAUGGUGCUUGGAAUGUUCCUGUCAAUUAAUUCUAAGGGACAUAUCCGUGUUUGUGUAUGUUCUGUUUGUAGUGUGGAUAUAGAAGAUUUGAAGGAGGACACACAAUAUAUAAAACUUCUAUAGCUUUUUUUUUUUUUUUUUUCUUCUUAACAAUUUGUCGCCCUUUAAGUCCCCACCUGGCCCUCUCUGUGGCCCUCCCAUUCUUCUUGCUUUGAAGAAUGUAUUGUACUCCUUUUCAUAUUUGUUUUUUUGUUUGUUUUGUUCCAACAGGCACCUUUUCCUUGAUCACACUGUAGACAACCAAUACAUUUAAAAAAAAUAAAGAUAAAAUUAAAGCAGCGAUGCAUGUCUUGUCUCCUCAAGCAGCCAUCGCAAAAGUUACCAGCAUGGAGCCAUCCGAAGAAGAAAAGGCCCUGCAUACCUUGGAGUCUGUCUGUUUUGUUCAUGCAAAGACGAGCCAAGUUUGCGUACUCGUAGAUAAUCAUCGGGAAGAGCUGCAGAAAAUCCAGUAUCACAUCCACCACGAGGAUGACAUAGAAAUCUGCUCAAGCUUUUUAAAUGCCACAUGCCUUCAAGGUUCUCUGUGUUCACGGCAUCAUACCGUACUCCCUUACGCCUGGCAGCUGAGAGAGAAGACCACGCACAUAUGGCAGAGCGUGGGAGGGUGCGGUCAGGAGAUGCUAGAACGGCUUUAUAGCAACCCGAAGAUUGUACACGUCAAAGGAAUGGUCAAGUAAGUGUCACGUUUUCUACAAUAAUGCAUGACUGACACGAAGAACACAAGUGUUCAGUAAAUCUAAAUAUGCCUUGAGACAUAACGGAGGUUAUGUUCUAAGCUAUAGAUAUUCUUCCAAAUUUUAUCAAAAAUUUUAAUUUGGCAAUUUUACUAGAGGUAACGUACCAGUCAAGAGAUUACUUGUGUGAAUUCACUCUGUGUCUACUUAAAAAAAUAAAGUAAGUCAUGGCAAUUGGUGAUGAUUGUGUGCAAAUUGACCCCAAAGUUAUCCACGUGGAGGGAGAGUUAGGAUUGCAUUUUGAGAGGGUUUUUAAGCAGCAAAUUGAAAGAAAAGCAUUUUGCGUGAUGGUUGUUUGCACGAAAACAGCCGUCUACAGUGGUUUCUAUUCCACGUUCUGUGGUACACUGCUAUGUCACAAGCCGCUUCAUUGUGUCACGUGAAAACAUUGACUUCCUGGCUGAAAUAGAUUGGAUACAGUACUUAAAAAAUGUUUUUGGACUUUGUCGCUGAAAGAUACCUUGGUCCAAAAACGAAUGGGAACCCCUGGUCUAUAGUAUAUGUCUUUUAUUUAAAAAUAAAUAAAUUUUAUAUAUAUAUAUAUAUAUAUAUAUAUAUAAUAAAUUAUUUAUUUUUUUAUAUAUCUUUAUAUUGGGCCACUGAAUAAGAAACCUCAUUACCUCUAAGCGUGCGUGCGUGUGAUCUCACUGUUUAUCAGACUGAGCAGAUGUGUUGGGUCACACUUUGCUGUUAUCUUAACAACAGCUGCUCAACCUAAUUUGCCUGUAGUUGUUACACUCAGAAUUUUAGGCUCCCUUUAAAUAACAUGAGUAAGUUGUAACUGGCAUAUGACUGGUGUCCAUUUAUUUAUAUAUACACACAAGUAUUGUGACACCUGACCGUUACACCAAUAGAAAAUUUUAUGACCUCACAUUCUAAAUACAUAGACAUGCAGUUGGUCACCCUUUGCAGCUACUCUUCUGUGAAGGCUUUCCACAAGAUUUUGUGGGAAUUUUUGUACAUUCAUCCAGUAAAUCAUUUGUGAUGUGAUGUUGGACGAGACGUCCUGGCUCGCAAUGUCCGUUACAGUUCAUCACAUAGGUGUUUGAUGGGGUUGAGGUCAGAGCUCGAGGUCCGUGUUCUGUGCAGGCCGGUCAAGUUCUUCCCCACCAAACUCAUCCAACAAUGUCUUUAUGGAUCUUGCUUUUGUGCGCUGGGGCACAGUCAUACUGGAAUAGAAAAGUUUUUAUGCUGAUAUUACCGUAAUACCAGUAGAAAUUUUUAACUCUUUAGCGAUGGAAUCAGCAGAGCAUUGGUGUCUUUUACGCCUCACCACUUGGAGACACCGCUUUGUGACUUUACGUGGUCUUCUGCUUCGUGGCCGACUUGCUCCUGUUCCUAAACGCUUCCACUCUCCAUUAAUGCCACUUACAGUUGAACGUGGAAUAUUUAGCAGGGAUAUAAUUUCACGAACUGACUUAUUGCAAAGGUGGCAUCCUAUCACAGUACCACGAUAGAAUUUACUGAGCAAUUUGGAGUGACCAAUUUUUGUUUGUAAAUGCAGAUUGCACAGUUAAAUGUUUGUUUGACUAUUGGCAAUGGGUCUGACUCAAACACCUGGAUUCAAUAAUUAAGAGGUGUGUCCCAAUACUUUUGUCCAUAUAGUGUACAGUGGGACCUCGGUUUACGAAUUUAAUGCAUUUUUCGGGACGUUUCUUAUUGCGAAAAAUGUGUAAACUGAAACACGGUUUCCCAUAGGAAUGCAUUGAAAUACGUAAUACGUUCUGGAGGACAGAAAAAAAGUCAAAAUGAGCCGGCAUGGAAACCAACCCACAAUGCAGAACACACAAUAAAAGGCAUGCUUGAGAAAUGCACCAAAAAGUCCCAGAACAACUGCAAACAAUUUCCAGAAUGGCUCCAAAACUCGAUGCAAAAGCCGCUCCAACACCUCCACACUCGAUGCCACAUGCUACCCACAGGCUCCAGCAUGCAGGGGCAGUGCGAUAAACCUCCCAGGUGUAAGGCAUCCUGGGGAGACUUGCUUUGUAUUGCGAAAUAAUUUUGUAAACCGAGGCAUUCUUUUCAAGGGAUUUUCAUUUGUAAAUCGAAAAUUAUGUUAACCGAGGCGUUUGUAAACUGAGGUCGCACUGUACUUUCAUUUUACAUUUUUGGAUCAGAAGUAGCUGCGUCCCACUGAACUUUGUACUUUCUGGACGGAAUGGGCGCUCCAGAGAGACCUUUCCAGGGAUAUGAGCGAGAGCUCUACAUUAGUACAUGUGUUUUGGGGUAUUUUGUGUCAUGCACUUUCUGUAUCCGGGUGAUAAUUAGUUUAACCAAGAGCUGACUCCAUUAUCUCCCAGACACAGAGGCACCUGGACGGGCUUGUGUUACUCUGAAUGGAGACCCCAUGCUGGGGGUCUGUGUAUAAAUUAUUGUGCUUUGCCCUAGUAAAACCAGUUCUGCUUCACUAAGUCAUGGCUAGUGCUUGGGUGAGACAGCGGUACCUUGUGCAGUGAGGUAUAAUUUCUCUGGAGAAAGGGGCAACCUAGGCGGUAGUAACCUAUCUUCUUGAGGGUAUGCCACCACAUCAGCGAUUCCCGCCUUGUCUAUUCCGGGGUUGCGCCGAUCACCCCUCCCUCGCGUCUGGCCUCAGACACCUCAGCCGUUUAGAGGAAGCCGCGGCAAACUUAAAUUGCUCAUUCAAAUUGUUUCCUAGUGAUUCAAGGUUGCCCUCUGAGCUCCCUCUUCUCUGAAAUUAUCUGUGUACCGAACCUCUGCUACUCAACUUGUUUAUGCUGAUCUCUCCAAACCCUGACCUCGGAUUCCAUUCAGACAUCCCUCUGCCUGCUCCCACUAUUACAGUUCAAGGUAAAAAAUUAAAGAUUACCUUGCUUCCAAAACUCUGGCUUAAGCUUGCUAUUUAAAGUGAAAUCAGCCUGCAUUCUUGCUGCUUAUUUUCUCCUGCAAUCCUUAGAUAGUGAUUUCUGCUACUAAUACUCUAUAGCUUGAAUUCAUAGUCUUCUUAAAGUGACAUGAAAAGGGGGUGCCGGGAAGCAGGGCCUGUGGUGGUCUUCUUAAGUCCAGAGUGAAAUGGGGAAUAAGAUGAGAAAAAACAUAAUAUAGUGUAGUAUAUUUAGAAUUCUUUGGUGGUUAUAAAUGAAACGAAAUGCACUUACAAUUUUCUUAUGUGGCUUAUGAUCAGCUCCAGAUCUGUCCGCCUGGACGGUAUGAUCCCCCGUCUGUGGAUAUGUUGCGUCUUAGGGGGCAGCUUUCCCAGUUUUUGGAGUAUUCUUGUAGUGUGUAACAGUCCAGCAGUCAGAUCUCCUCAGUAUAUAGGGAGGAGAAUAAAAACAGAAUAUAGUGCUCUCUGUAUGUAUUAUUAAAGUCUACUCACAAGCAGAGAGCAGAUAUAGUUAUUGCUCAGUUCUAAUAGGCGUAGGUGGUAUAAUCCCCACCAAGGAGGUCCCCAUUUAAGCCACGCGACUGGCGCAGAAGCGCUGAGGUUUUCCCCGGUUCCAGCAGGGAAGCGAUCAUUGGCAGAGGCACCCAGCCAGGGUACAGGGAGCUCCGCUACAGUUGUAAUUUUACCACACUUAUCAACAAAAUAGAUGUAGCUUAAAAAAAUUGGAAGUCUGCAUAUAUCUCAUGGAUGGACAGAAUGUCAAUGAUAACCAUGAAUAUUCUUUCAAGGAUACCUUUUUUUUUUUUUUUUUCUAGGCUAUCCCGAUUUUGAUCCCAAAGUCUUUCUUUAAUCAAAUUAGGCACUUGUUUUGUUGGUUAUAUCUGGGGAAAGAACUCCCCACGUCUUUCCUAUACUCACUUAGUAAGACCCACUGGUUGAGGUGGGUUAUGAGUCUCCGAUAUAUACCAAUAUUUUCAAGCAACCCACCUUACCCUUAUCUUGCACUAUUAAAAUUAAGAUAAGAGUUGGAUAUCAACUGAGUGUUCACAUAGCUGCUGACACAACACUUUUUCUACUAGAUUGCUACAUUAAGCGGCUCUAUCUUUGCACACUUUGUUCGUUCUAUUUUGUAAUUGGAACUGCAGUAUCCCUUUCUUAUUGUCCGUUGUGGCUGCACUUAUUAAAACUUGAUAGUAGUAAUUAUUUUGUAUGUAGUACAACAUAAUGUAUUAUUCCUGUUUUGUAAAAAAACACCCUGCACCAUUAUUAUUUGUGUUACUUAUUUGAAAAUGCAAAAAUUAAGAAUAUAUAAAAAAAAAAUUCAAUGUGUACAAACUGAAAAGGGGAAAGUUUUUAGAUUUUGUUUUAUUUUAUUAAAUUAUGUUUUAUAUAUAAAUGUUUGUUUGAAGUGAAAUCCUGAAUAAAAUUAUAUAUAAUAAGUGUGGAAAGAGGUAAAUUAUGGUUGAAGAUAAAUAUGCCUCAAAUUCCAGAUUUGUUUUGUCAUUAUUUUCGUUCAAUAAAACGGUUUGUUGUUCUCCAAAAAAGAGUGAUUAAGCUAUCAAACUGUCGAUCGUUUACCUUGCAAUAAUCUGAUCAUUAUCUAUGUAUUUCUAAUGCUAUGUAACUGUUAAAGUAAUCAGAAAAGUUUUUUUUAUUCUUAAUAUGAAAUCUUCAUAUACUUGUUAUACCUGCAAGAAAGUCUUUACAUUUUAAAACGAUCUUACUGACUUGUUAUUUAACACAAAUCAUACAUAUAUAGAUCUAAAGAGAGCGUGUCUUACCUCUAUACAUCCUACUAACUGUCUAUUUCUUACUGUCUCUCCCUUAGCAAACAAGAUAAAAUGCUUAUAAACUUUGCCACCAUGGAAGUGGCCCUGAGUCCAAUUUUUGACCGCAUUAGACGACUUUCCACUUCAACUUGUCCCAGCCUCCCCUUCUGCACCCAUCUUAAGUACUAUUAUGAAGAAGGUGAUAACUCCUGGAAAGAGUUCUCCCCGGUGAGCCUUCCUUUUCAUAAAAGUGGUGAUAACCAUGUAUCCCAGGCCAACAGAUGAUUGUGGCGGGGGGAGGGGGAACAUGUUACGUUGUAAUAACCCUUCAUCUGUGGGGUUUAUUUUAUUUUUUUAAACCUGCAGGACGUAACGAAAUGCAUAGAAGAAAACGCGAGAGAUGGUUUCCUUAUAAUUUGUAUCAAGACUCGACGUUUUAAUUACCUUGUAGAUCUUCGCCAUCUGACUCAGGAGAACCUACAGACCGGGACCAGGAGGAGGAUCAGGGCCCGUCCGUUGUUUCAAUCCCCAACUCUGAUGUUAUCUAAACUAUGGUAAGGCAAAGAGUAAACUGCUAGUAAUAAAUGUGUUGCAUGUUUCAUAUCGCCAGUCGUUUUGCAGUUUUGGAGCUGCGACCUUACAACAACUUAUAUUCACUAUAUUGCAAUGCACCUUGCAUGGUAGGCAAUGACCGAAAUCACACAAUAAACAAACAUGAAAUAUCUUUUAAAUAUUGGGCUAUGGCCAUGGUAUGUGUUUACUUAAUUUAAAGAUUGGGUAAAUCAAAAUAUUAACUGCAACAAAUUACAAUCCUAACUCCUAACUUUUCUAACAUUACUUUUACACCUUCAUAUCACCAGUCAGACAUUUUAUAACCUGACUCCCUGUUACGGAUCCCCUAUACUCUGACUGAGUAUAUCCAUUGAAGUCUCCCAGGUACCAAAGUGAAGCAGUGAUUAUAACACUAAGCAAUAAGGAAGGGAGACAGGAGAAGGGACAGGAUAAAUGAUAGAGUGUCCUGCAGGUGGUAGUUGCCUCGUUAUAGAGGGGUGGCCUUAGGAUAGGUUGGGCUCGGGGAGAUCACAAAAGAGGAAAGAUAAUUAAAACUUCACUUUUAAUGUAAAUAGUUAAAAGGGGGGUAAACAAACAACAGCUACAAAUUAGUAGUGUCAAUAAUGUAUCGAUAUACCAGUACCCGGGCUCAAGGAAAAAUAGUGAGCUGCACUGAAGCUGUUAACAAAGCUGAUAACAAUGUUUACCGAAACUGACUUAAUAACCCACAACCCAUGGGUAGAGAGGGGUUAACUACCAAAACACUGGUAAUCCUAGUGUUAUGGUACGUGCUGGCGGGAGUAUCUGCAGUAAAAUAACUAGGAGGUGCAGACUGCAAAGAUAUUGCCUGGUAUAUUCUGCAGUAACUGGCUUAAUAACCAACAAGCUAUGGGUAGAGAGGGGUUAACUGCAAAAACACUGGAAAUCCUAGUGUUAUGGUACGUGCUGGCGGGAGUAUCUGCAGUAAAAUAACUAGGAGGUGCAGACUGCAAAGAUAUUGCCUGGUAUAUUCUGCAGUAACUGGCUUAAUAACCAGCAAGCUAUGGGAAGAGAGGGGUUAACUGCAAAAACACUGGGGAGUACCUGCAGUAUAAUAACUAGGAGGUGCAGACUGCAAAGAUAUUGCCUGGUAUAUUCUGCAGUAACUGGCUUAAUAACCAACAAGCUAUGGGUAGAGAGGGGUUAACUGCAAAAACACUGGAAAUCCUAGUGUUAUGGUAUGUGCAGGCGGGAGUACCUGCAGUAUAAUAACUAGGAGGUGCAGACUGCAAAGAUAUUGCCUGGUAUAUUCUGCAGUAACUGGCUUAAUAACCAACAAGCUAUGGGAAGAGAGGGGUUUAACUACAAAAACACUGGUAAUCCUAGUGUUGUGGUAUGUGCAGGCGGGAGUACCUGCAGUAAUAAUAACUAGGAGGUGCAGACUGCAAAGAUAUUGCCUGGUAUAUUCUGCAGUAACUGGCUUAAUAACCAACAAGCUAUGGGUAGAGAGGGGUUAACUACAAAAACACUGGAAAUCCUAGUGUUAUGGUACGUGCAGGCGGGAGUAUCUGCAGUAUAAUAACUAGGAGGUGCAGACUGCAAAGAUAUUGCCUGGUAUAUUCUGCAGUAACUGGCUUAAUAACCAACAAGCUUAACUAACCAACACACUGGUAAUCCUAGUGUUGUGGUAUGGAGUACCUGCAGUAUAAUAACUAGGAGGUGCAGACUGCAAAGUUUAAUUCUGCUACAAAAACACUGGUAAUCCUAGUGUUGUGGUAUGUGCAGGCGGGAGUACCUGCAGUAACUACAAAAACACUAAUCCUAUGUGCAGGCGGGAGUGCAGACUAGGAGGUGCAGAAAGAUAUUGCCUGGUAUAUUCUGCAGUAACUGGCUUAAUAACCAACAAGCUAUGGGAAGAGAGGGGUUUAACUACAAAAACACUAGGGAUCCUCCUAUGCUUGUGGUCCCUAAGUACUUGUGCCUUCGAGGGCACCCCCUUAGCCAAAAGCCUACAAUCUCCUAUGGAAAUACAAAUAGAAAAUUUCCCACCAAUACGGCUACAAUGAAAGACGUGUGCUGGGAAUGCCUAGACUUUGUCGGCUGCUUCAAGUGCUGCUGGGUUACGGCCGAGCCGAUGCCGAUAGAAAGCUCUAAUUGGUAUGGUAAGUAAGGAGGUCACUCUUAGUGCAGUGACAGGUCACUCUUAGUAAAGUGACUGGUGGAUAGCGCCAGUGAUGUUUCCCCUGACGCGCGUUUCACCUCACAGGUUCAUCAUUGAAGUCUCCCAGGUACCGAAGUGAAGCAGAGAUUAUAACUCUGAGCUACCCCAAACAUCAGCCUAGACUUGAUCAAGGGUACAAAUGAACUGUUUUAUUAUGGCCAAGUUGCCUGCUUAUAUACACAACCCCCGGCAGGGGAUCUCCACCCAGUACAAUGCAAGCCCCUCACAAAGAUCUCUGUGCCUGGGAGAUAAUUGCAUUAAAGACCGGUAAGCUAAUUUUCUCCCAGGAACUGAGAGCAAACAUAAAAAAUAUAAAACAUAACAAUAACAAAACAUCCUAAAAAUAUAUAAUAACCCAACAAUAACCCCAAAUAGCGCUUCGAUCCAUGCAGUGUAGAGGAAACGCCACCGUGUUAAAGUUCUGACCAGCUGCACACAUGGUCCUAUGCCCAAAACCGUUCCAGGGCGUUUGGUGCUUUGGCCGCAAUGCUGGGUGCUCCACCUGCGUCUCGGGUUUUGUUUGUUCUCACUUAGUCUCAGGCACCUUCCCUCCAAAAAGUGCUCUCCUGGCGGAUUUCAUAGUCGUUCAAAACCCAGGACCAAGUUGUCCGGGAGCUGCACGGUCACGUCAUGCCGAAAACAGUUCCAUAACAUUCGCGGCUGAGUCCCCCUGAGGUGACCGGGAACCCACAAAGUCCUCAUGCUGAAUUUAGUUCCAUAACGAUAGCGGCUAAAUACCGCUGAUGGAGCUAGUGUUUGGUUCCAUUUCAAUGAAGGGAAAGUGCCGAACCAGGGAAAGCUGCUAAUGGCGGCUGUGGAGAUUUAACUGCUGAACAGGGUCUUUGGAUAUGGCCCAUAGUCCCUGGGCAGGAGGCUAGCUAGCAGGCUCCUCCAGGAACUCAUGGCAUCGGCAGUUUCCCACACUCCCCUAGUACAUAAUAAAUAUCAAUACUGCAUAACUUUAUUAGCAGAAAUUUUCCCCCUUCUUUCCACCCCCCAGGAUCACAAAACAACUUGACAAUAAAGCAACAAAGUAGUAUAGGCAGGGUGGGUUAUGGUCCAGGCAACACUGCAGGGUCUUAAGUCUUCACAGUGUCCAUCUCUCUCCUGAAUUGUGUCCUGAAAUAAAUAAUAAAAAAAACGGCCGUUUUACAGCCACUAUCAUAGCGCCACACCGCAAACCAAUCCAGAGCUAGUGCUCUCUUCCCUAGACAUUGCCCUAAAUCUGCCCAGCCUUUUGCAAAAUUCUGCCUAGCAAUCACAAAUCUACCCUUUAACAGCUCUAGGGUAGACUGACCCCUAUUAUUAACCCACUUCUUGCCACCGUUCCUGUAGCCUGGGCCAUUCAUUUCAUAUUUGCUAUCACACGGUUACUCCUUACUUACAAAGGGGGAAUUUCUAUAGCUUUAUUGGUCUGUAUGGGGAUGAAAUUCCAUCUAUUCAUGUGUUGUACCUGGGGAGGGCCAGACUCUCAUUAUGUUCCUGUAUGUCUCAUUGUUUUCUCUGUAGGACCAUUCAGAACUUUCAAUCUCCCACCUUCUGCACAAACUCCCACCCGGCAGCUGGAGGACUGUACCCUGCGACCUGGCACAUUACCAGUACCACUCUAAUUCAUGAGAGAGUACUCCUGGACUGUGAGGAGCGAGAAUUCCAGGAAGUGUACAGCUAUUUCCAUAAGACCGUGCCAGAGGCUGAGUUUCUGAUCCUUGGGAUCUACAGACUCCAGAACUACUUCCAGUGGCAGAAAUACGAUAGGUGAGUGCAGGAUAUAUACAGAGUUUGUAUACUCCGCAAUAACUACAGAGAAUACAAACUAUUACCCUGCAGUCACUAAGUGUUUUUAUUCAUCAAACAGUGAUUCCUGAGCUGACACAUUUUCCAGACACACAAAGCAUUGCAGUCUGCUUAUGUGUGUCCUUUUUAGAUUAGAUUUGCAGCUAAUACAAGCAAGUUGUCAAACCUCUCCCCUCCCCACAAAAAAAUAAAUCCUGCAAAACAAAUUCCGUGCAUAUCUUAUUUGAGAUAUCUGCUAAAUUGUUUUUUUUUUUGUUUUGUUUUUUUUUCCUUACGGAGUGUUGCUCUUCUAUUCGGUUUUCAAUUCACAGAAAUUGUGUAUAUAGUGUGUGUGUGAGACUGUGAAUGGCUAAUAAAGUGUAUAUCUCUUAUUCAUGACAUGUUAUAUCUUCUAAAUUGUGGCCAAGGCUCCUAGAUUGCAUGUUAAAAUAUCCAGUGCUAUUAUUGCUAACAUUCUGGAGAUUCUAAGUUUGUGAAUGCCAUAGGGGUAUCGUUGUCCCUCGAGAGUUGCUGGGUGAAUGUGAUUGGUAUAUAUACUGUGAGGUCAGUAUUGUUUCCCAUAUUGUUCCUCUGUCAAGCAAUGUCAUUCUCCACAAUGGGAUGGUAAGAUGGAAUCCUACAUGAGAGCGAAAGGAAUAAUAAAUGUUUGUCUUUCUCCUGCAGCAAAAGGAUGUACAUGACUCAACGCCUUGCUAAAACUGAAGUGGAUCAUGUGGAGCGCCAUCUUUUUCACGGUACAGAACAUGCAUUGGUCGAGGCCAUUUGCAGACAGAACUUUGACACACGAGUAUCUACCAGGAACGGAAGGUCUUUUGGCCACGGAUGUUACUUUGCCACAGAAGCCAGUUAUUCCCUUUUCUAUUCUACUGCUGAUGCCCGUGGUCAUCGCUUCAUGUUUCUGGCCAAGGUGCUGGUGGGACGCUCCACACUCGGCAGAGCUGAACUGCGACGUCCCCCUUCAAUCAACCCCAACGACCCUGAAAGUCCGCUGUAUGAUUCUUGUGUCAAUCAGAUUAAUAAUCCCAGCAUUUUUGUUCUCUUUGAUAAUGACCAGUUCUACCCAUAUUUUCUCAUCCGUUAUCAGAAGCUACGCAAUAUUGUUGCCUUGGACUGAAGUGAAUCAGUAGACAGGGUUUGGAGUGAUGUUUAUUUUUUGUUUAAAACCUUUAAUGCAUGACUCAGAGUUCAGUAAGUAAUCCUGUCACCAUCUUCAAUGAGGCGGACCUCUGUAUUUGCACGUAGUGGACUAUUGUCCGAGUUCCACUUUGUCUCGCCCAUCAGAAACAUUUUUGUGCUAACGUGCCAGUCCUGCGCCAGUAAGAGACUCAUUGGCAUGAGGUUCGAAGUGUUUUUUUUGUACUGCUGUAUCCUAGAUACAGUGAAUAGUAAAUGUCUAUACAACUAGAGGUUAGUGCAAUGAUAAUGUAGAAUUCUUGAAACCAUGUUUGUUUAUAACACCAGCAGGGCUAUUAAGAAUUGCUGGGAAUUUCAAAUUUAAAGCCAAAAUAGCUGAAUCUUUUCCAAGUCCUCUAUGCUUCCAUGUCAGCUACUUUAUCUAAAAUUCGAAUUCCUGACAAUUCUCACCUUAGUAAAUAACCCUGCAUGUUUUUCUGGUUAGUGUUUUGUGUUCCGUUUGCAUUUAAAACCUCAUUUUAACUGAAGGCUGAAAUGUAUAAUGUUUUACUUCUGUGAUGUUUAACUACCUUCACUGUAG